AUGACUGUGGUGUCUCCGGAGAACAAGGAUGCUGCAGAUUUGGAGAGAGCGGACCAGGAAUGCAGCGAGCGGGUGGUCAUCAACAUCUCCGGGCUGCGCUUCGAGACGCAGCUGAAGACUCUGUCCCGCUUCCCGAGCACGCUGCUGGGAGACCCGCGCAAACGCAUGCGCUUUUUCGACCCGCUGCGCAACGAGUACUUCUUCGACAGGAACAGGCCCAGCUUCGACGCCAUCCUCUACUACUACCAGUCCGGGGGCAGGCUGCGGAGACCCGUCAGCGUGCCGGUGGACAUUUUCCUGGAGGAGAUCAAGUUCUACGAGCUCGAGGACGAGGUCGUGGAGGUCUACAAGGACGACGAGGGUCUGCUGAGGGAAGAGGAGCGUCCGCUGCCGCACAACGAGUUUCAGCGGCAGAUCUGGCUCCUGUUCGAGUACCCCGAAAGUUCCGGGCCGGCUCGGAUCAUCGCCAUCGUGUCGGUGGUGGUGAUUCUGAUAUCCAUCAUCAUCUUCUGUCUGGAGACGUUGCCCGAGUUCAGGGAGGUCCAAGCCGCGGACCUCCCCGAUCAAGUCAACGGAAGCGCGGCCGGAAAGAGGCCCAACCCGUUCACAGACCCGUUUUUCAUGGUGGAGACGCUUUGCAUCGUGUGGUUCUCCUUCGAGUUCCUGAUGAGGUUCCUCUCGUGCCCCAGCAAACCGGCUUUCUUCAAAAACAUCAUGAAUUUGAUAGACGUGGUGGCCAUCGCGCCGUAUUUCAUCACCCUGGGCCUUGACCUGGCAGACCACCAGGGCAGCAGUCAGCAGGCUGGGUCCCUGGCCAUCCUGAGAGUCAUCCGUCUGGUCCGGGUCUUCAGGAUUUUCAAACUCUCCAGACACUCCAAGGGUCUGCAGAUCCUCGGACAGACACUGCAUGCAAGCCUGAGGGAACUGGGGCUGUUGAUAUUCUUCCUGCUCAUUGGAGUGGUUUUAUUCUCCAGCUCCGUCUAUUUCGCAGAAGCAGAAGACCCCGACUCUGGAUUCACGAGUAUACCUGAUGCGUUUUGGUGGGCUGUGGUCACCAUGACCACCGUUGGCUAUGGGGACAUGUACCCGUCCAGCAUCGGCGGUAAAUUCGUCGGGUCCCUGUGCGCCAUCGCCGGGGUUCUCACCAUAGCAUUGCCCGUCCCCGUGAUUGUGUCCAACUUCAAUUAUUUUUACCACAGAGAGAACGAGGACGACGACAGCGUCCAGUUCGUGCAUGUGACUUGUGGACAACAGCAGCCAACCUUUGGCGAGUUCAAUUCAACCGACAGCAAACAGUCGCUCUCCAAGUCCGAGUAUCUGGACGAUAGUAAUGACGAGACUGAAACCAUGAGAUUUUGUAAUUUAAAUCCGUCUGAAUCAUACACGGGGAAACUGACAGAUGUUUAA